UCUCCCUCAUCUCUCUCUCUCUCUCUCUCUCUCAAUCAAACUCUCUCUCUCUCUCUCUAAACUUCAAUAUAGUUGAGAGAUUAUCAGAAGACCAAUAUGGCUACUUAUAUCAAGAACAACUUUAGCAACAUUGCCGGUCUCUCUUUUCUUUUUGUCGGCGUUGUCUAUCUCAUUUUCUGGUCUCCCAUCAUCACCUUCAAACCUUUCUUUUCAACUCAAAACCAUCCUUACCCACAAUCAAAUUCUUUACAGCAGGAUGUGCAGAAUUUAGAUGAGCUUGAAGUAGCAUUGGAGAAAGCAUCAAUGUUCAACAAGACGCUUGUGAUUGCCAUGGUAAACAAAGCGUACGUGGAACAACACAACGACGACGUUUACAUGACUAUGCUGGAUCUUUUUUUGGAGAGUUUUUGGGUAGGAGAAGAGACGAGGCCAUUGAUUGAUCAUCUGUUGCUCGUGGCAGUGGAUCAGACGGCGUAUGAUCGGUGCAAAUUCCGUGGGUUGCACUGUUAUAAGUUGGUGACGGACGGUGUAGAUUACGCGGGAGAGAAGCUUUUCAUGUCGGAUGAAUUCAUUAACAUGAUGUGGAGAAGAACUCUAUUUCUGUUGGAUGUCCUCAAGCGUGGCUACAACUUCAUCUUCACGGAUACGGAUGUAAUGUGGCUAAGGAAUCCAUUUGGAAGGCUAAGCAAGAACGAAAGCGAGGACAUACAGAUAAGCACCGACGACUUCAAUGGCGAUCCGUGGUCGGAAUACAACUACAUCAACACUGGUUUUUACUAUGUGAGAUCAAACAACAGGACCAUCUCAUUGUUUCAGACAUGGUAUGACAUGAAGGACAACUCUACAGGGAUCAAAGAGCAAGAUGUUCUGGUGAGUUUGAUAUAUAAGGGUGUGUUUAGACAAUUAGGCCUCAAAGUAAGGUUCUUGGACAGCCUCUACUUUAGUGGCUUUUGCAAAGACAGUAGAGAUAUAACGGCGGUGACAACCGUCCACGCCAAUUGCUGCCGGAGUAUAAGGGCGAAGGUGGCGGAUCUCGCGGCUGUUCUUCGUGAUUGGAAGAAGUUCAGGAGGCUGAUCACGGCUAGUGAUCAAGCUAUGGCUGCUGGUAAUAGGACACAGACCUUCCAGUGGUCCAAGCACAUUGGUUGUCACAAUUCAUGGAGAGUUGAUCCUAAUAAUAGUACUACUUUAGGCUAGAGGCAUGCAUGGUUGAUCAACUAAUCUUUGAUUGUCAAUUUAUUCAAAGUAUAUAUAUAUAUAUAUAUAUGAAGAAGACAAAUCAAACAUUUUAUUGUGUUUUACAUAUCAUUAAUUUUGAGAAGGAAGCAUUUUUGUUGCUGAUUGAGUUUGAAAGAUCG